AUGGCUACUGGCAAAGUGCUAGAAACCGGGUUAAGCGUUAUAUAUGAUCCGCCGAACGAAGCGCCGAUCGCUGAAUACAGUUUGUUCGUCGUUAUCAGGUUUACUAACUGGAAUGGAACCGAAGGCGUGUUUUGGCCUCAAGAUCUAUUGCGACACGACUGCGACCGCGCACGAAUCCUGACAUGGGGAUAUGACUCGCAUGUCACGAAGGGAUACGAAAGCGCUAAUAAGAACAAUGUCUUCGCCCAUGCAAAGAACUUACUGGCCAAUUUGAAACGCGAUCGCCCAGAAGGCCGGCCCAUUAUCUUUGUUGCACAUUCCCUUGGAGGGAUCCUGGUUAAGGAAGUCCUUCGCAGAUCGAACGAGUCAACCCAAGACAUCGUAGUAGAUAUCGUUCGCUCGACAUCGGCCGUUGUCUUCCUCGGAACGCCUCACCGUGGAAGUUCUAAAGCUGCUGACAUUGGACAGGCCUUCCGACAGGCCGCGAGUACGCUCCUUCGGGUAGAUUCCAACGCAGCAAUUCUUCGGGCAUUGGGCGCUGAUAGUCCUGAGCUAGAACUUGGUCGAGAGUCCUUCAUCGUGUUGUGGAGGAAGUACAAGUUCUCUGUCAAGACGUUUCAAGAGUCUAAACCCAUGGCCGGAGUCAAUGUCAGCAUACUUAACGAGCUUGUAGUAUCUAAAGAGUCUUCUUCUCUUGAUGACCCUGAAGAAAACGCAGAGACGAUAGAGGCUGAUCAUCGCAUGAUGUGCAAGUUUUAUGGCGCAGAAGAUCCUAGCUACAUCCAAGUUAGCGGUGAAUUGAAAGGGUUUGUCAACUCCAUCCUCCGGAAGUAUCAGUCACGAAGACGGGAAGCAGAGGUCGAUAUGCUAGGACAUGCAGGAAAUUGUUACGCUGCGCCUGAAAGCAGCUACUCAUCCAUAGGAAUCCUUCUGGUGUACAUCCCACAGCUUAUAAAAGCUGUAGAGUAUUACGGAGAUGGCGUUUCGACCAUAGAUAGUAUGAAAGUCUACGAAAAUGUCUUUAUCGACAGCCAAAUGCUUCUGAUGACUAGUUUGGAUAUGUUCGAAAAAUGUUGUAGACGACUGGUCCGAAAUCUUCCAGACACACAAGUUCACAGAUUGAUAGACUUUCACAAAGGGUGGAGCGACCCUCAAUUACAAGCACAAUUGCAUCAGCAGCUAGGAGAAGAUUCUGCGAAAUUUAUUGUGACGAUCAAACAGACUAAAAAGAGGAUUGAGCUACUGCAGAGAAAGCUGAAGUUGCGGGCAGACUUUGAGGAAUCUUUCAACACAUGGUCACGCGUUGGCAGCGAGUUUAAUUUACAUAAAUAUACCGAGGUCAUCGAUCAGAUCCACCAAGGAGUGCAACGAAUCUGCACUUUCAUGCCAGAAGAAGUCGAUCCAAUUGUAAUUCAAGGUCAUCAAUCCUUUCCACGGGAUUUGAAUUACUGGCUAGAUAUCCAGACCCAUACAUAUCGGCUUUUCAACGCCAUAUCGUCUAUUUGGCCCCGGGAUUGCGCGUAUCAUACCCAUCACGCAAAGUUGAGAUUGAAUAUACCUACCGAAGACCGAGAAGAACAAGAAGCACCUAAAGUUAAUGUUUCAUUUGCUAUGGACAAACGAGUAAGCCUCACGCAACAUUAUCCACGCGGAUGGCGAGAUGUCAAAGUGAUCUUUUCCCAAGCACCAAGGGUGAACAUCUUUAAAAAGGAAGUUCGAUUUUCUCCGACAUCAAUCACUAUUGAUCCUCUUCAGGCACCGAAUAAGUGUGCCUCGGAGCGUAAAAUCGAAAAUAUCUGCACCAUGCUUGAAGAAAAUCAUCAAAUUAAGUGCCUUGGCCUCCUUCACAGCGAGGGUUGGCACUACCAUAUCCAUGACCCUACUAACUACGCGCGGAACUUAACGCCCCUAGGGGAUAUUUUGUCAAGCCACAACAUAACGACGAGACAAAGACGAACGCUCGCCCUGACGCUGGCAUCCGGAGUGCUACAGCUUUACGAUACCCCUUGGUUACGUGACAACUGGACUCUAUAUGAUAUUUACAUCGACUCGAGCCAAGGCGUCGAUUACCUCUAUGUUCUGAGAAUGUUUGACGAGUGCAGCCUACAGCAACACCUGCCAGGCCGCCGUCCAAGCGCCUUGGACUGUGUGAGAAAUCGGACUCUGUUCGCCCUCGGCGUCGCUCUCCUUGAACUUACGUACGGAGCACCGCUGUCCGCCCAGAAAACAGAGGAAGAUCUCAACGAUGCCUUGACACCACACCGUAUUGUGUGGCGUCUAACAAAAAAGAUCGAGCAUGAUGAGUUGCCGCAGUUCGCGCGAGCGGUAUUUAAAUGCAUCCACCCUGACGCUGAGGGCUUUGAGUUUUCCCUCGCGAAUCAGGGGUUCCGCCGUCGGUUUUUCCAAGAAGUGGUGCUGCCUCUCAAGAAUGACUACGACGAAUUGCCGAGAAUCAGGUGUUAA